UAUCUGUCUGAUCUUUCACAUCUAGCGCUGCUCUCUUCAGGACUGUCUCGCUACUUUACAUAUUUGGAUUGAAACAUCAAGUCUGGUGAAGAAGCGGCGCCGCCAGUGACGUCUUUUUUUCCGCCUGGAUCGCCGCAAAACUUCCUAAAAGUCUCGUGUUAUUUGUCGCGCACCUGUCGUCGCCAUGUCCCUGGCUCGCCUGUAAUGGCAGGAAGUCAGCGACCCUCACCUGAGGACGGACUGCGACAACGGCGAUAUUAGACAUUGAAAACAGCUCGGAGAACAGAGAGCCGUCAUGGAUGCACUGGAUGCCGGUCAGAGGUUCCGACCGAGACAGGAUGGUGACUGGGACACCACCCUUCAGUUUCUUCCAGCAUCGGACUCCAAAAAGCUUGAAAAGAAGCCUGGUUUCAGGAGGAGGAUUUGGGUUGGCGUGGGCCUGGUGGUGGGAGCGGUCGCACUGUCUCUGCUAACAGGCCUGCUGGUGUGGCACUACCACUUGAGGACCGACAACCGUGUCAAAAGGGUCUAUAUCGGCUCCAUGGGCAUCACUAACCAACGCUUCGUGGCACAGUAUGAGAAUCCUCGAAGUACUGAGUUUUCCCACCUGGCAUCUCUGGUCAGGAAGCAGCUGAAACAGAUUUACUCCAAAAACUCUGUGCUGACCAAAUACUUCAAGGACUCUACAGUCCAGGCCUUCAGUGAAGGUGCAGAUGGCGCUGACAGCAUCACAGCGUACUACCAGUCCAUGUUUGAGAUCCCCAUCACACAGGAGGAGUCCGUGGACAAGGCCAUGGAGUCUUUAGAGCCGGUGGCAGGAAGUCAAGUGCAGCCGCGACAGGGACGCCUCAGGCUUCCCACCAACGCUCUCAAUGUCAACAGCGUCCAGUCCAGAGCCAUCGACCCUCGCAUGACAAAGCCUUCGCUUGACAAGCAAAGCUAUGAUAUCCACGUGAGGAAACCUGGAAUCAUUCAGUCUCCGGGGUUCCCGGAUUCCUCGUACCAACCCGACGCCUACCUGCAGUGGAGGCUGCGUGCCAGUCCGGGCCACAGAGUCCGACUGGACUUCCACACUCUGAUCCUGGAGGAGGACUGCCAGCAGGACUUCAUCAAAAUCUACGACACGCUGGCCCCGAUUGAGGACCGCUUGAUGACAGAACAGUGCGGCUUCCCUCAUGAGUCGCUGACCUUCUUGUCUUCUGGGAACGUCAUGCUGGUGACUCUGAUCACCAAUGAAGAGAAGAACUUUCCUGGUUUCAGAGCCAACUACUCGCAGAUCCCUGUGGACGAGCAAGAGUGCGGACGGUUGCUCACCACAGGCAAAGGCACCUUCUCCUCACCUUUCUUCCCUGCCAACUAUCCCCCAAAAACAACGUGUGUCUGGCACAUUGAGGUCUCCAAGGAUAAGUUUGUGAAAGUUCAGUUCAACAAGUUUUUCUUGGGGAAUUACAGCGACGAAUGCAAAGAAGAUUACCUGGAAAUAGACAAUGAGAGACUGUGUGGCAGCAAACUGAAAAGCACAGUGAUCACUAGCAGGACCAACAAAGUCACUGUCAAAUUCCACUCCGGCCCGUCGCACGUGGACCAGGGAUUCAGCGCUGAGUACGAGGCUUUUGUUCCCGACAACCCUUGUCCUGGAAGAUUCCAGUGCUUCAACAAUCUCUGCAUCGAUAAGAUGCUGAAGUGCGACGGCUGGGACGACUGUGGAGACGCCAGCGACGAGCAGAACUGCAAGUGCAAUGUUACUCAGAUCAAGUGUAAAAAUGGUCGCUGUCUUCCAAAAUUCUGGGAGUGCGACGGUUUCGAUGACUGCGGAGACUCUACGGAUGAAGGAAACUGCGUGAGAUGCAAACCAAAUGAGUUCCUGUGUCGGAAUGGUCGCUGCAUCCCAGACAAGAUGAAGUGUGACGGAAAAGACGACUGCUUGGAUGGAUCUGAUGAGUCCAAAUGUGAAAAAUCUCUGGUGUUGCAGAAGUGUUCUGAAUUCACCUACCGCUGCAAAAGUGGAAGCUGUAUAAGCAAACUGAAUCCGGAGUGCGACGGGGAGCCGGACUGCGAGGACGGUUCCGAUGAAGACAACUGCCAAUGUGGGACGAGGCCGUACCGCAGCUCCCGGAUCGUGGGCGGUCAAACGUCCCGGGUGGGAGAAUGGCCUUGGCAGGCCAGCCUCCAUGUCAAGGGCACAGGUCAUGUGUGCGGAGGAUCAGUGUUGAGCAGCCGCUGGCUGGUGACUGCCGCCCACUGUGUCCAGGACAGCGGCGUGUUGAAAUAUUCCCAGGCUCAGGAGUGGGAGGCGCUGCUGGGCCUCCAUACGCAGAGUCAGACCAACGAAUGGACAGAGAAGAGGAACGUGCGGAGAAUAGUCGCCCAUCCUGAUUAUGACCCGGUGACCUUUGACAACGACAUCGCCUUGAUGGAGCUGGACGCCAGCGUCCCGCUCAACCAGUACAUCUGGCCCAUCUGCCUGCCCCCGUCGACGCACCACUUCCCAGCCGGUCAGGAGGCGUGGAUCACGGGCUGGGGGGCCACACGAGAAGGAGGUUCUGUGGCGAGGGUCCUGCAGAAAGCAGAGGUCCGGAUUAUCAACAGCACCGUGUGCGCCAGUCUGAUGAGUGGUGAGGUGACAAGCAGGAUGUUGUGCGCUGGAGUCCUCAAAGGUGGCGUCGAUGCCUGUCAGGGCGACUCAGGUGGGCCACUGUCCGUCACCAACCCGAAUGGACGGGCGGUUCUGGCUGGUCUGGUGAGCUGGGGGGACGGUUGUGGUCGCAGGAACAAACCUGGCAUCUACACCCUCAUUCCUUACUAUCGCAACUGGAUAAAAAGCACUUCUGGAGUGUAGCAGAAAGAGCCACGACAGGAAUGAGUCAAGAGCUUUUGAACUGACUAAAUCGUAAUCAUCCACAAACUGCGAGUGUCUUCCGACGGGCACACGCCUCCGGUCCAUCCUCGACUUACUGAAUGUGUUUCCUGGAGUUUCUCUCCACGCCUUCCAUCACCGUCAUGUUAAACCAACUCUUGUCUGUUACAAAUACUCAUGGCGAUGCCACCAAGUUCUUUUUUGUUAAUUUAUGGAAAGUAGAAAAUAUUUAUUAGAAGUAGUACCAAAGAUUGUCUGAACAUUUUUGCGUUCAAGUUGUGCUUUUUUUCAAAGCUUUGUCAGCCUCAUUUUUUUCUGAAGGAGAACCUCAGGGAUCCACGCUAGGGCCUCAUUACAAUCUAAACACUUCCUUUGCCUCAGAGAAGCAUGAGUCAAAGUGAUGGAACUGUUAAGGAGCGUUUAAAAUAUUCAUGAAAUGCAGUUUUUAAUUUUCAUUUUAGAGGUUGGGAGCUUUUUAGGAUGUGUUUCCUGUACCAGACUAUAACAGCAGAUAUGUGUCGGUCUUUUCUUAACUUUUAUUGUUAGUUAUUCCAAUUAGUCUUAUUUUUAUUAUCCCUGAUGGCAACUGUAUUUAUUUGUAUAUAUAAAAUCCUUUUUUAAUUUCAGUGUUUUCAGUUGCCUUGGUGUUUUCUGUUUGCUGUUAUGUGUGUGUGUAUGUAAAAUACACUGGUUAAUACCGUGGAGGACUCUGACUCGCUGACAUCUGCUGCAAGAUACUGAGAGAAUGAUGGCAUAUUUACAGUUUUAUAAAACACGUUGCUGCUUUCUAACUCUGGAAUGAUGAGCUAUUUUGCUACAUUCUCCUAACUAGUCCUUGUGUUUUACAUUUAAGUCAAUGCUGGAUCAAAAUAAAUGAAUGAACUAUGUGCAGUUCGAAGAGCCAUGUAGAAUGAGAACGUAUUUUUUUUAAGCAGACAUUGACACCUGGUGGAUUAAA